GUGAUUCUCAGCGGGUGCGGCGUAUCCCGUGAUCGGUCCCUCCACGGAAUUAUACCCUUCUUCCGUCCCUCCGCAGUCUCGCCUCCAUUCGCGCUUUCCUUGGCCAAACUCCUCGGCUUGCUUUCCCUUUCACGAGUCUUUGUUCUCCUGGCUGGCAAAAUCCGCGUGAUUCGUCAGAUCAUCACUUCUUUACAUCCCUCUCUUGGCCCUCCUCCCAUUUCCAAGAUGGCUACCCCCACCCCCGCCACCAAGACUUCCUUCACCAUUGGCACGCGCAAAUCCAAGCUUGCACUGGAACAGACAGAGCUGGUGGCUGCCGCUCUCAAGAAGACACACCCUGACUAUGAGUUCAGAAUUUUCUCCAAGGAGACUGCAGGCGACCUCAACACGAAAAUUGCGCUGCGCGAUUUUACGAGCAAGAAUUUAUGGACUGAGGAGCUGGAGGAAUUGAUGAUCGAUGGACAAGUCGACUUUAUUGUCCACUCUCUCAAAGACGUCCCCACCGUCCUCCCCGCCACUUGCACACUGGGCCCGAUGAUGCCCCGCGAAGACAGCAGAGAUGUUCUCGUCGUGAAGCAAGGCCUGUCAUACAAGAGCUUGUCGGAAAUCCCCGCUGGCUCUGUCGUUGGAACCUCCUCCAUCCGCCGAACCGCCCAGUUGGCCCGCAAAUUCCCUCAUCUCAAAGUUCUCGAUGUUCGUGGCAAUAUCGGCACCCGUCUGGCCAAGCUGGAUGCGGAAGACAGCCCUUACACCUGCAUUAUCCUCGCAGCCGCUGGUCUGUUGCGUCUAGACCUGGGAGAUCGAAUCACGCAGUACCUGGAUUCGAAGAGCAGUGGAAUGCUUUACGCCGUUGGACAAGGUGCUUUGGGUAUCGAAAUCCGGAAGGAGGAUACCUUCCUGCAGGAGAUGUUGAGCAAGAUUGGCCACUCGGAAACCACCUACGCCUGUCUUGCCGAGCGCAGUCUGUUGCGAACCCUUGAGGGUGGCUGCAGUGCGCCAUUGGGUGUCGAAACUGAGUGGGUGCAGACUGCGGAGGGAUCCAAGAAGCUGCGGAUGCGUUCUGUUGUUGUCAGCGUCGACGGUCAAAAAUGCGCCCAGGUUGAAGUUGAUGGCGAUGUUGAUUCCACCGAGAGCGCAGAGGCUUUCGGUGUCACGGUGGCCAAGGCUUUGGUGGGUGAGGGUGCGGGCGCAAUUCUGGAGGAGAUUCAGCGCAACAAGGUCGUCAAGGAGAAUGUCUCUAGCUAAACCAAAAUAUUCUGAUAGACUCAACCCAUGUAUUGCAUACGGUCGAUACCCUGCUGAAAAUGAACAAUUGAUGAAUCUCAUGAUUUGGC